AUGAGCUUUCUCCCGGACGGAUUGCUGAACGAUAUGGCGGGUGGGCAUAUGGCAAACAAUGGCAUACAGGGACUACCUGUGGGUGACAAUGACUCAUUGUCCCUGGUAGUCCCUACUAUCUCUCAAGCGCAGGGUGGCAUGCACGCCAAUCAUCUCCAUCCUAUUCUGUCUCAACUUGCGACUGCAGUUGAAACGAAACUGCCACAGCAAGAUGCAGCUCAUCUUUAUGAGAUGAAAGACCUGCUCAGUGCCAGCCACAACAGACUUAUCAGGAUGAUUCAGCACCAGAUUGACAUCAUAGAGUAUCCAUCUCAUUCGCCCGGUUCGUCUGACUCGCCUGGCAGCCCGCACAAUGGAUACAACUACGUCUGCAAACUCUGCCCCAAUGGAAAGCGCAAAUAUUAUACGGAUCGAGGUAACUUCAGGCGUCACACGGGACAAGGUUUAUUACCACAUGAGAAACCAGCAUAUGUACCAAGUCCCGUAAACUGCUGGGCGGAGUACUUCAAGUGCGUUGCCAACCAUUGUCGUGUCAGGAAAGUCGAAUCAACCAAUUCAAGCGCAAGCCAGAGUAGACGGGGCAGCGAUGAUCGCGGAGGAGGGGGCAAUAACGGACCUGGCUUCGGUGGGAAUUUCUUCCCUGGAGGUGGUUUCGGUCAAUUUGAUCCGCACCAGUUCUACCCUGGCAACAGUGGGGGAUUUUCUUCGACUGGUGGCGGUCAGAAUAAUGGCCAUUACGGUAACAGUUUCUCUGGCUACAGGGGCGCUACAAACCGAGAUGACGAAGAGUUUACCUCAGGCUACUCCUCCGGUGAAGCUGAUGCUGUCUCAGAUAUAGCUACAUCAUCGUCUUGCUGCUCCAGCGACGUACCACACACGGUGGAAGUUCCUGUCCCAUCUAAUAUCACAAGCCAGCAUUUGGCACUGAUGCAGAUGGCAGAGAGAGCUGAAAGCUGCGACUCGGUCUCCCACGGCGAGGAUUGCCCGCCAUCCACACCUGGUGAAACGGAUAUAAGCAACCCGGGCGACAAAGCUUAUCGCCGUAUAUCACGGCCUUCGGGUAGCACGGAUCUAACCCCCAAGCGGGGCUUCCCUCCUAUGGCUGAUGAUAGUUCCGAGAAGCGGUGUCAAGGCUGUGGACACAUUUUCGACGAUUGCGAUAAGUGCCGUCGUCUAAAGGGGACCUCCUUCCAGUGCCACUUGUGCACAGACAGUAGCUGCAAGCUCCACGCUUUUGAGAGAGACCUCAAAGGAAGCGGAGAACCGCAGAGCUCCAGGCAGGCAAUUGAUGAAGGUGAUAUAGGUGUUCUUGCGCACCCACUCCGGGCUGAUCAUUGUUCCCUGUCGCCAAGUGAGCACCCUCUGGAGUCUCCGACCCUCGGUGAUUAUGAUCGGCAUACAAAACCUGAAGAAUGCUAUCAUCUAGGAGCUCGAGUAUCAUCGGGUGGCCAUACCCUUGGCUUGGGAGCUUCCAAUGAUGGGGAAGUACAUUCUGGCAGCCCUGGUUCUCUUAGUCGGGAUUCGCCUGUUGGCUCUGAAGUGACUUUACCACGAGAAGAAGUCGAAGCUGCUCAUGGAUAUGGAAGCGGUAAGCUAAUGAUGACCAAGGAGUUGAAACAAACACUCGAUAUGUUUUCUGUUGCGGAGUCGACAUAUCAGUCGUACGAAAUCCUCUCAUUCUGUGUCCUGAAUGCAGUGCAAGAAUUUUUCGACCAGAUGCUUGUCUCUUGGCUCGUCUGCGAGGCCGCCCUCCUACAAUCAGUGUCAUUGUCGUACUGUAUCGGUGGAAAGGGCAUUUCGGGGAAACAAACCGAAUCCGCCAUUAGUCGGCGCUACCUACCCUAUCCAUGGGAAAGGAUGUGUUACCAAUCCACAGCUAGACGAAUUCCGCGGAGAAAGCAUUCACUGCUGCGAACGAAGCUCCAAGUGAUCUCCGGGGUCCUCAUCCUGCGUGCCACUGUUAUGAAGAGGAAGCCAUUGAUGACUUCAUCCACAGACACUUCCGCGGAAGCUUCCGAGCCUAGAAAGGUAGGAACUGAGCUCCAGGUAAUUGAACCAGGUAUCCAUGCGGGCCCAUCUUUCGAAGUGAUGUUCAGCCGAGGCACAGAGGUGGUAGCGGACGCAUUCUCCAGCUUGAUCACCGGCGUGAUGUCUGCAACAGAAGAAGAGAUGGAAUACUUCAAGCCCCUAUCCGCGCAUAUUUCGAACCUCUUCACAAGAGGAUCGUGGCAGGGAGAGGAGAGCCUGACUGAGUGACUCUAUUGCCUCUGUAGAGGCUAUUUCGGUUGACUAUUUUUGCAUGUAUACUUAAUAUUUUCCUUAUUCACGAAUCUUACGACCGC